AUGCCACAGGUCCUAUGGACUCGACGAUUCCUAGAAUCGCAAGGAUACGAUAUUUGCGACAAUAUCGUUUACCAAGAUAAUCAGAGUGCCAUCCUACUGGAGAAAAAUGCGAAAGCAUCCAGUGGAAAGCGCACGAAACACAUUGACAUCCGGUAUUUCUUCGUUACCGACAGAAUCCACAAGGGAGAUGUCACCAUCGAGUAUUGUCCUACAGCUAAGAUGGUGGCAGACUUCUUUACGAAGCCAUUACAGGGAAGUCUGUUCAUUAAGAUGCGCGACUUCAUCCUCGGAACCACAACAACCUUUGAUGGCUGA